UCAAAAUUCUUCCGUUACUCUUCAGGGUUUUUUCUUUUUUUGUUUUUCCCCCUUGCGGUUUGUUCCUUUCAUUUUUCGAGGAAAAAAAGGGAAGUCUUUUUCCUUUCAUGCAUGCGACGAUUUGUAUUGUAAGUGGCAGUAUACUUGUGGGUUGGUUUGGAUUUUCUUUGUAUAUCUCAGGGAUAUGUGAAAUGCCCAUUAGUAUUUGUGGUAGUAGGCUUGUAUAUAAGGGGGGCCGUUGAGCUUUGACCAAUGGUUCAUGAUGGUUUGAAGUGUUAGAUAAAUCUGUAAUUUCCUUUGAAAUAAGUGGGUGGAAUGUUUUGUUGUUAAACUUGGGAGUACAGCAGAGUUUCAGUUCUGAUGGGGAUGUGGAGAUUGACUGGAAGAACAGAAACGAUUCUUGAUUAAUUUGAUAGCACUUUUGAGAGGCACGAUGAACUUAUGAGGAAGUUUGGUUGGGGCUGGUAAGAAUAUGAAACAAUGUUUAAUGAGGACAUAAGCCUACUCUCCGCAACGUUUUAUUUUCCGGCACAUCAGUUCUAUAAUUCUCAAGAAUAGCUAUGCAGAGGUGAUGUGGACAUCGUAAAAGAUUUUACGGAAGGGAGUGCUUGGGUGUUUGAAGAUGUGAGCGAAUGGUUUCUAGUGUUUCUAUGCAUAUGCAGGGAUGACUCACUUAUGUGAUAAUGCAUUUCCAGAGACAACUGGCGAUGCGAAAAUAUUUUCGCAUACUGAAAACAACUCAAACAUUGUGGAGGCUACGAAUAUGGAAAAUACAGUCCCUCCAUAUUCCAAUGGCGUAUCAUCAGAGAAGGUAAACUCAAAGGUUACAGAGAUGGUUAUCAGAAGAUCUAGUCGUCUUAAAAGUUCAGCAUUACCUAAUGGAAAAAAAAAAGUAGAACAAUCUGUGGAGCAUGUGAAUCUUGUUGAGAGUGGAAAGGAAGAAGCACCAGACCAUCAACAAGUUGGUACGUUGCCCGUUGUUACAGAAAAGAAUGUGGAAGAAGAGGCAACACAAAUGAAUGUGGACGAAGAGGCACCACAAAUGAAUGUGGACGAAGAGGCACCAGAGGUCCAGCAACUUCAUACUGUGCCUGUUGUGACAGGAAGGAACUUGGAGGAAAAAGUUGACUAUAUCAUUCAAGCAGUUGAUGAAUUCAAGUCUAAGGCUUUUAAACAGGUCACUAAGAAGCCAGAUGAGGGUUCAUCUAUGGACUUAAGCUACAAGAGCUUGUAUAUUGAUUCACAGAAAAAGAUUGAGGCCUUGAUGGAGAAACAUUAUGAGCUGGUCAAGGAGUUGGAAUUUGCCCGUGGAAAAGUUGAUGCGUAUGAGAAGAUGAACAAUGUUAUUGCUGCUUCAAAGGAAGUCGUAUUAGUUGCAAGGCUGGAGAAAGAUGCUGAAGCCAUAAAGUUAUCUCCUCAAACAGUUCAACAUUGCAUCUCCGCUGCUGCUCCAGAUGCUAAUGCUGCUCACAAGGUAUCCUCUAAGCAGCAGAAGAAAUAUUGCAGAAAAAGAAAGGCCAAAUCUUGAAAAAUGCUGACAACCUUAAAAAUGUUCUGUUGAAAAUCCACCUAAGUUUUGUUUGUUCUCUUGGUUAGCCUCAUUUUUAGGACGUGUUUUUGUUAAUGAGCUGAAUCAUCUUGAUGUGAAGGGACCUUCAUAUGUCCAUUCUCGUUACCGAUUUGUCUAAUCUAUGUUGCUCGCUUGCUAGAA